UAGGCUCAUGACGACAUAAAGAUGCAGAGCCUCUCGUUUUUGGUUUUCGCAGCUUUCUGUCUGGUUGUCAGUGAUACAGCGCGAGCGGAUCCCAUCACAGUCGAACCAGAUGAAUGGCACGAGACACCGUUUUUGACAGAUAUCAACCUUCCCAACCAAAAGAAUGUUUAUAUGAAGACUGAUCUGACGAUUGGAAGUGGCACAGAUUUGAGAAUCAACUAUAAAAACAAUGCCGGUGACACGACAGGAUCUUUCGUAUUAAGAUUCUCAUCUCCACCAAAGUAUGGUUUCCUUAAGUGUACAGACUUUAUGAAUCCAAGUCAAGACCUUCCUGCUGAUUUGCCCGCUAAAGAUGAUUAUGGCUAUAGGAUCUUCAAAGUAGAAAUGCACGGAACAAAUGGUUUGAAGAUCAGUUGCAACGAUGAGUUGCUGAUCACUUUCGAACCUUCAGACGCAGCGUGCACGGGAUGGUCGACAUUGUGGGUAAAUACGUGGGAAAAAAACAAAGAGCUGAUAAACUUUGACUUUGACAGAGGAGUAAACGUGUUCAAAAUCUCAAGUUUGGAAUCCGCAGGCUCCAGUGCAGAGCAAUGGAAGGACAAACCGCUCUGGCCGGAGGAUAUUGAAAUUCCCGAAGGAGUUGUUUAUCUGAAGACUGAUAUGACGAUCGGAAGUGGCAUCAAUUUGGUAAUAAACUAUAACAACAAUGCCGGCAAAAAUGCAGGGGGUUUCAAAUUACAGUUCUCAAAUCCACCAAAAUAUGAAUUCCUCUCUUGUACAACAAAUCGACGCCUUCGGGUUGAUUUGCCCGCUAAAGAUGAUGAUGGUUUUAGGAUCUUCAAAGUAGAAACGCACGGAGCAAUGGGUUUGAAGAUCAGUUGCAACGAUGAGUUGCUGAUCACUUUCGAACCUUCAGACGCAAUGUGCACAGGAUUUAGUUUUUGGAGAAUGGUGUGGGAAUCCAACAAAGAAAGGAUAGACUUUCAGUCUGACUACGGAGUAACAAAGUACAAAUUUUCAAGUACGGAAUCCAAAGCUCACUCUUCUGAAACCUCUUCCUCUACAUUCUCAACCUUAUCAUCAACUUCAUCAUCUUCAUCAUUAACAUCAUCACCCCUGUCUUCAUCGUUGGUGGUGUGUGCAAGAUUUAGGUCCAGUUCGUCAACAGAGAUGGCGUUCAAUCCUAACUUGAGGGAGCUUAUUGACAUCUUUCAAGGCACACUUGAAGAAAAUGUUGUUUCAGGGGUGUUUCAUGACAUGCAUGGAAAUGGAGGAGAAGCCAUUCAGAUACUGCGCCAACUUCAAGACAGCAUGGGAGUUCAAAAUUCUCAACCUACUCCUGAUCGGACAGUACAGAAUAAUAGAGGGACCUGGAGUCAAAAAUCAAAUCUUACGGCUCAAGGGACAAACUUUACAGUGUCAAACAGGGUUAGAGAUACUAGGCGACUUAAUCCAGAUAAAGUAAAAAUACCAGGAUAUCACGACAAAAAAGCUCUGUACAUCAUGAGAGGAUUGUCAGGCAGUGGAAAGACGACUUAUGCGAAAAAGAUAAUCAGUGAACUUGGUAGUGGAGACAUUUUCUCCUCUGAUGACUUUUUUAUGCUUAAUGAAGCUAAUGAGUACCGGUUUGUUCAUGCUGAUCUACAGAUAGCUCACACGUGGAAUCAACAACGUGUGGAGGGAGCGUUGUCUGAAGGAUUGUCUCCAGUAAUAGUGGACAACACUAACACUCAGUUCUGGGAGAUGAGACCUUAUGUUAUUGCUGGAGUAGAGCAAGGGUACAACUGCUAUUUCAUUGAGCCUCCCACAGAAUGGAAGUUCAAAAUUAAUCAACUGUUCAGGAAAUCUAAACAUGGUCUAAACAAGGGUCAGUUGGUGGCUGCACUCAAACGAUACGAGAAAAAUCCAACUGUAGAAAAAGUCAUUGGGCCAGCCUACAUGUCAAAACUAAAGCAUUCCCACUGUGCAGGAGAGAACAGCGAUGCUGCAGGAUACGUUCCUUUCACCACUGUGAAGAAUGAUAGGAAUGAUAAGAAUGAUAAGAAUGAUAAGAAUAAGAACAAUGAUAGGAAUAAGAACAAUGAUAAAAGAGGAAAGAAUGGGAAAUCUACUGAGGGUUCUCUUGUCCCGUAUAUUUUAUCAGACUCUUCUGACGACCCAGCAGAUCGAGAUAAGGGUUCUGAAAAACGUGGUACCCCUCAAAAUGAGGGUACAAGUGUUAAGAAUAGGGAAUACAAUAACAAUAGUAAAUGCCCUAAAGUAAGAACUCAAUCCCCAGUUCCAAGGGCAGUAUGGGACUCGGGAUCUGGCGAUUUAGGGAUGUCGGGAAAAAAAUCCAAGGAAAAUAUAUCUCAGUUUAGUUGUCUAAAACAAGAUGACACUACUUGGGGUUUAAGAAAUGCGGAGUCUGACGAAAAUGAGGACUGGGACCAAGACAUGAGUGUGUGGCUAGAAGACAUAGCAGCCAGGGAGAUGGAGGAUGAGUUGCUAGAUAAAUUGGAAAAACAGCAAUCCACAGAAAUAGAAGAGGAUUUCAGUGUGGUAAUCGACAUUCAUAAACUGAGAGAGGAUAGUGUUAAGAAGCUGUCCACUUGGGAUAAUGAGAAAUAUAUAAAAACAGGGGUACCCCAGGGAUGCAAUAACGCUAGCAUGAGGAAUGUUGUGUCCAAUGAUAGGCCUGACAGAGACAUUCCUGUGGAUUUAUCUGGUUACGAUAUAGACAUUCCGGAGUUGGAGGAUUCUGAUGAGGAAAUAGAAAUGGAGAGAGAUCUGGGGAGGGUCUCCAGUGAGCCUACAAUGAUAAGAUAUGUGUCUGAAGUAUUCAGCUUGGUGGAGAUAUGCCGAAGGAAGCUAAAGACGUUGUUGAAAGUUUCAUAUCACAAUUCAGCAGAAUAUUGGAGUGCUCACACUGAAGCAAAGAAGCUAACAGCACUGAGAUGUGAUAAAGAGCUACCCCUACCAUCACCACAACCUGAUCAGGAGAUCACAUCACCCAACCAACAUGUCAUCUCUCCUCAUCUCCUAGAGCCUUAUGUUGUUGUCUAUGAGGACCACGUGACUCAGGGCCACGUGACUGAGGACCACGUGACAAAGGACCAUGUGUCUCCUCCUAAACCAGUUGUACGUAAAAAGACGCAGUGUGUAAAAAAGUUAGCAGAAAUAAUGUUACACGGAGAAGAGCCAGAAAAGGAGCCUGAAACAGAGAAACCAGAGCCAACAACUUCAGAGGAGAGAGUAUUCAGUUUGAGAGAGCUGGAAACCAUUAAUAAAGUGGAGGCCAUCAUUGGUCCGAUGGAGAAGGAGAGACUGGUCUCGAUAUGCGAGGAAUGUGACUGGGACGAAGAUGACAUUCUGGAAUGUAUUCUUCUCAAGGAGAGUUUGAGAGAAAUAACAGUAGAGACGAUAAAAGAGGAAAGUGCCAACUUGAACAAGUUGAUUCAAAACGAACCACCCUCCAUAAGGACGUUGUUGAAUCUGGGAGAGACAGUACAAAGUGGAUCUGACAGAGGGGAUGAGAGCGAGAUAUCAAGCAACAGCACUGCUAGUAAAACUAGAUACGACAGUAAAGACGACACGGAGGUCACAACGCUGGUUCUACCACCAAAAGUUAUCAAAACAUUGACGGACAUGUUCGGACAAAUCGUCGGUUUACCCAGUGACAAGAAUACUAAGAUCCCGGUCAACUCUGAGCUCGCUUCUCUGCUGCAUUCUGCACUUUAUUUCGCGCACAUCGACGGAAAGAUCACUAAUGCGAAUAAAGGGAAGGAGAAAAUGAGACCGAUGAAAUUACAGAAAAGGAACCUACCUCUAGUGGUUCCUACAGCAUCGUCAGUUCCUUUCAGCGAAAUAGUUCAAUAUCAGAGCAAGCUGCCAGAACGGAAGGGGAAGAUAAAGAAGCUGGUUGCUGCGUACCCUGGAAUGGACGAACAUUUUCUGGAGAGUGUUCUCUUAUCUUGCGGAAACGAACUACAACUAGCUAUGAGCGCUUUGUCGACUGAAAGUGUCCGGUUACAAUAUCUGGAUGACGAGGAAAAGCUAUACAGUUCCAAGACAGAGUAUACUCCCGAGCGCCCAAAAGAAGAGCAUGUGGAGUAUGCACAGCUCACACAGCCUCCCCGGGCUAAUACCUACACACACAACCACAUCAUUAUCCACCCAGGAACUCUGAUUGAACAAGCUGAAGCGUACAGAGAGCUCUCGGGACACAACCUGAACCAGGCGAAACUAUGGCACUCUAAAAAGAAGGGCAUUGUAGCUGGGCACUAUGCCAAACAGGGAGCUAAAUACAGAGAACUAGCAGAAGAAGCUGAAAUGAAGCUGUUUGAAGGAACCGUCGUGAAAGAUAGGUUACGAGAUCUGAAGUUGAAUCCAGUGCUAGAUCUACACGGUUUCACCUUGAGUCAAAGCAAGUACCUCCUAAACAAGACACUCGAUCACUACAACCAAAAGAUAGGGCAAGAGCCGGAGUUUCCCCGGACGCUGACUGUAAUCACCGGUAAAGGACUUCACAGUGCGGGUGGAAUCUCAAAACUCAAACCGGGAAUAAAAGCUUAUCUCAACACGCUUGCUAUCCCUCUCACAGAGUUACGGGCUCCAGCAAUCGCUCACAAACCAACUAGACCUCUCGAAAUGAAAGAAAUGGGAACAAGCUUUGCAGACGACACAAAGCUGAUUGGGGCUAUCCAAGGAAUGAGUAGUGUAGAGUUACUGCAAGAUGAUCUCAACAUAGUCAUCGAGUGGUCACGUGUUAACAACAUGGAGCUACACGAACAGAAGUUUGAGGUUGUAAACUACCCCCUGAAUGGAUCAAAAGCUCUAAGAGAGCUCCUGUUCUACCCAGAAACUGUUGAGUAUACUACACCAAAAGGACACGCAAUAUCACCACAGGAAACUGUCAGAGACGUUGGAGCGUUGUACGUUCACAGCCAACAGAAAUAA